CAUCAUACACCCCAGAUUUGGCUGGAGCGCUCCGGAAUCUUUUUGUAUCACUCGACCAAGUUGGACGCCAUUCCGAGGCACUCACGGUAAUCGAAGAAAGUGUGAAAUUCUGGCGCGAGCUCGUUGCCACCCAUCCAGCAUCAUACACCCCAAAUUUGGCUGGAGCGCUCCGGAAUCUUUCUGUAUCACUCGACAAAGUUGGACGCCAUUCCGAGGCGCUCACUGUGAUCGAAGAAAGUGUGCAGCUCUGGCAUACAUCACUCACCAACCUUGGACAACAUUCUGAAGCACUCCUUGUGAACGAAGAAAGUGUGAAGCUCUGGCGCGAGCUCGUUGCCACCCAUCCAGCAUCAUACACCCAGAUUUGGCUGGAGCGCUCCAGAAUCUUUUUGUAUCACUCGACGAAGGACGCCAUUCCGAGGCACUCACGAUUUGCUCGAGCGCUCCAGAAUCUUAAAUAUCACUCGCAAAGUUGGACGCCAUUCCGAGGCCUCAUGGUAAUUGAAGAAAGUGUGAAACUCUGGCGCGAGCUCGUUGCCACCCAUCCAGCAUCAUACACCCCGGAUUUGGCUCGAGCGCUCCAGAAUCUUUGUAUCACUCGACAAAGUUGGACGCCAUUCCGAGGCGCUCACAGUAAUCAAGAAAGUGUGAAACUCUGGCGCGAGCUCGUUGCCACCCAUCCAGCAUCAUACACCCCAGAUUUGGCUGGAGCGCUCCAGAAUCUUUUUGUAUCACUCGACAAGUUGGACGCCAUUCCGAGGCACUCAGCAUCAUACACCCCAGAUUUGGCUGGAGCGCUCCAAGAAUCUUUUUGUAUCACUCACGAAGUUGGACGCCAUUCCGAGGCACUCACGGUAAUCGAAGAAAGUGUGAAAACUCUGGCGCGAGCUCUUGCCACCCAUCCAGCAUCAUACACCCCAGAUUUGGCUGAAGCGCUCCAGAAUCUUUUUGUAUCACUCGACAAAGUUGGACGCCAUUCCGAGGGACUCAUGGUAAUCAAAGAAAGUGUGAAACUCUGGCGCGAGCUCGUUGCCACCCAUCCAGCAUCAUACACCCCAGAUUUGGCUCGAGCGCUCCAGAAUCUUAAAGCGCUCACUGUGAUCGAAGAAAGUGUGAAACUCUGGCGCGAGCUGGUUGCCGCCCAUCCAACAUCAUACACCCCGGAUUUAGCUCGAGCGCUUGGGAGUCUAGAUGCAUCGCUCACCAACCUUGGACGAUAUUCUGAGGCACUCCUUGUGAAUGAAGAAAGUGUGAAGCUCUGGCGCGAGCUAGUUGCCAUCAACCGAUAUCGUACUCCCCGAUUUGGCUCAAGCACUCGGGAAUCUGUAAUAUCUCUCGACAAUCUCGGACGCCAUCUGAGGCGCUCCUCAUAA